AUGGCAUACGAGUAUGACGAGUACGGUCGGCUGAGAGGCAAUGGGGAGUCGGCCUUUUUCGAACCCAGCCAUCCUAUACCAGAGCAUUAUCCCACCACCGACUACUAUUCCGACUCGAGAGAUAACAUCCCACGACGACCAGACGAUCGCCAACGAGCUUCCCCUUUGAAGCAGAACCGCGCGCAAAAGAUGAGUACCACUUCGAUGGACUCGGAUAGUUCUGAGCAUGUGUCGGCGGAAACGAUUGCAGCCAUCACGGAGAGAAUCAAGCAGGAAGUCCUCGAACAUUUGAAGCAGACAGGCAGCAUGGACGGGCAACCAAAAGCAGAACCUAUGCAGAGGAGAUCAUCGACUCGAUCUGCUUCGACUUCAUCCCAUCGUUCGGUUUCCCCUCCUUCGACCCGUAGAGUUUAUACUCCUCCUUCUCCAGUACUGCCUAGCAAGUCAGCUUAUCCUCCACCACCGCCCAUGGCACGAAAGUCACCUCCAGUUAGUCCUACCGACAAAGGUCCAGGAGUCAGAUUUACGAAUAGAGAACCAAAAACAAGACCAGCAGGAACCCGCACAUUUUCACAACUUGAACUUUCUACGAUUGAUUUGAAAUGGGGACAAUUGUUUGAGAAUGAUGGAACUCCUACUCCAAGAUUAGGUCAAUUCUUACGGGGAUUGGCAAAUCAUAUUGUGGAUGAUUAUAAUCCAAAGAAAAGCAUCGUGGUAACGCCAGCCAAGCUUACUGAAUACUACUCCAAGUUUCCUAUCGAGAGGGAACUUAAGGGUCUUACGAGCAUAUUCAAAUCACAAAACAAUGAAAACAUUUCCAAAUUCUUCCAAGCUCUCGGAUGUCAACACUUUCUCAUUCAAGACGACACCCGUAAUGAGCCAACCAUUCCAGCUCUUACACCUCUUGGAUUCGCUCAUCUCAUGACCUUGAUGAUACUAGCUUAUCCUGAAGAGGAAGCAAAAAGAUUAGAAAAGGUAGUCCUCGAUUGUCCCAUCGACGCGGACGGCCAAACCGUGGAUGGAAAGCCUGAAAGACUACCAAAAGCGAUAUCUCGCCACCUUUUACCCGAGGUAGAAGAUCGAGCUUCAAAAAGGUUAGUCGACAAGGCAAUCGAGGAGUUUGUUCAAACCUCGGAUAAAAAGCCGAAAAGUCCUACCCUCAGUAGGAAUUCAUCAACGUCCCAAGCUCGUCGUCCACCAGUCGAGAUUCACCAAUCCGCACCAAAAUCCAAACCAAUCGAAAGAGAACGCAAACCCUACGCCGGAACUCCAUCUGACAACUCAAACGUCAGCGAGGACUCCGUCAAAAUCGAACGCGAAAGACAACCAUACAGCGCCCAACCCGGCGCGGGAAAAGUCUACGACGAUUCCCGCCCAACCAGACGCGAAUCCAGCGGCCGCAGAGAAUCCAGAGAUAGACGCGAAUCCGCCAACCGAAGCGAUCGCCGCGAAAGAGAAAGCAGCACCAACGGCCGUCGAGACUCAAGCAUGAGAAGAGAAUCCACCCGCGACUCCACCCGUCGCGAAUCCUCAUCAUCUCGAACCCGUGACCUGCCUACCCGCGAACCAACACAACAUCAUCGCACCCAAAGCAACACUAGCUCGAAUUUCAAUCCCCCACCGCAAACUCAACCACGUGCGAGGAGGAGGAGAGACAGUUCGCCGCCAAUCCGUAACUAUGGACGUCAUUCUGAGCCUGUGAAUCUGGACUCUAAAUACACAACCGCGCCUAUCCCAUCAUCUACGUACCCUGGCUCAGCUACAUCGACUUUCCCGCCUCCACCGCCGCCCAUUGAUAUCAGAACUGCGAGGAAACGCGGGAGUCAGGAUUAUGGGCGCGGAGAGGAGGCGUUUGUGACUGGCGAGUUUAGUAGUCCGAGGGAGGCGGAACGGUGGGAUCGGUUGAGGGAGGAGGGGGUGGGGAGUGCUGGUGGUGCGUAUGAGAGGGAGGGUGGAAGGGGGAGUGUAGAUCAUGGUGUUGGUGGUGGUGGUCAAGGGCAGGGUGCGCCGGUUGAGGAUUGGUAUAGGGAGCCGCCGAGGGGGACGGGGUAUUAUGCUAGUAGGGGAUACUAG